CAGUGAGUCGUCUGUAAUUGUGUGUGAACGGGAGUUUUGCAUCUCAUUUCUUUAUAUAGAAAUGUUUUUUUUUUUCUUCUUAUUGUCAAGUGCUAUUUUUAUGUUUUCAUGUUUUCUUUUAAUGGAAAGUAACUAUUUUCCCAGUACGUCUCACCCCAUAUCGUUAUUCACUCUGAGUCUAAAGUAAGAGAAAAAAAACAAACACUAUUUCUAUGGUAAUUUUUAUUUGCCCUACUGUCAAAAAUAGGUAACAAAGCAUAUGAAGGUUCUGCAGGGCCUGGAAAUAAGCCUUGACGUAAAUCGGAGGCGUGUGAUGAUGAUGAUGGUGAUGAUGGUGAAAGUUCGGGGAAUGAGCUGUCCUGCCGCAUGUUAGCAAAUCGCAGGCGAUGCAUGUUUGGGCUGCGCUAGGUGUGAGGCUUUGCAGUCCGAGUUAGCCGGAGGAUAUCCUACAGCGCACUCAUAUAUUGCUGAUGGUGAACAUUCUCAUCCCCCCCGAUCGACACACGUCAGCUUACAGAAAUUCCCUACAUUCCAUAGCAAAAGCUCCUUUUAAAAAAAAAUAUGGCGAGAGAAUGUACCAAGUGACAGGACGUUGGGGGGGGGGGGGGUGCAAUCUCGGUCACAAAGGAUCCCUCAGCUGUGGGAAAGUACUUCACAUGUCGUGGGGGGGCACGCGGCCUUUGGCCCCCGCCUGCCUGGCUUCCGGAAGAAAGCGCCCCCAGGACAAUAAACAUCCCCACGUUGUGGGACACCACGCUGGAGGUUUGGGAGGAAAAACACAGAGGGGGGAGCAGGACUCCGGGGAAUUGGGCAGAACGGGAAGGCAAGUGUCGCCGUUCACCAGACCGGCCAGGAAGGCGUCCAUCGUAUUCAGAGAUUAAUACCGCGGCCAUCCUGCAUGUAAUCACUUUCUUUUUUUUUCUCUCACUUUCGGGGCUUGCGGUUCAAGGUAGAGGGAGACAAAGCUGACCUUCUUUAGAUGCACACGUGUUGGACUCCCCAUGACUCCCAGAUUCCCCGCCAUGACUUUGCUCAGAUUUCUGAGCCAUGCCACUUGAUGAUGCCAGACAUAUCAGGUCACCAUGACGUGACCCAGGUUUCCCCCGAACUUCCGCAGCCGAGAAUCCCACGGGAGGGACCCGUAUGCUGAAAUGUAUUUUCAUUUAGUCCCUUUAACAACACGGUCGCCCCAGUUCCCUUGACAAGAAUGUGUGGCAAUUCAUCACUACAUCAUUUGUACGGUAUUGUGCAGGAAUAAGGGGAAAGAGGAAGGAAAGAUGUGUGUGAUUUAUUCAUCUCCCACAUCAGUCCAUCCUGUUCCUUUUUCUUUGCAGGUUUGUGACUCUGUGGUCAUGGAACCAUCCGGACUCUGAUGGUCAUGGCUGAUGAUCGUCUGUGACGAUGGUGGCGAAAGGCUUGAAUGCUGGCAUGCGCCCUGAAAUGAACCUUUGGAAGACUUUUUGUUUGUUUGUUUGUUUUGCUGUUUUUAUGUUUUCUUUCGUUUCGGUGAUUUGGGCUCAUUUGAAAUCAAUCAAACUGGAGUCUUUGGGACGACCAGAGAAAAAGCAGCUAACCUUGUGUAUGUGUGUGUAUCUCAUGUGUAUGUGUGUGUAUCUCAUGUGUAUGUGUGUGUGUAUCACAUGUGUAUGUGUGUGUAUCUCAUGUGUAUGUGUGUGUAUCUCAUGUGUGUGUAUCUCAUGUGUGUGUAUCUCAUGUGUAUGUGUGUGUAUCUCAUGUGUAUGUGUGUGUAUCACAUGUGUAUGUGUGUAUCUCAUGUGUGUGUAUCUCAUGUGUAUGUGUGUGUAUCUCAUGUGUAUGUGUGUGUAUCUCAUGUGUAUGUGUGUGUAUCACAUGUGUGUGUAUCUCAUGUGUAUGUGUGUGUAUCUCAUGUAUGUGUAUCUCACGUGUAUGUGUGUGUAUCACAUGUGUAUGUGUGUGUUUCUCAUGUGUGUGUGUGUAUCUCAUGUGUGUGUAUCUCACGUGUAUGUGUGUGUAUCUCAUGUGUAUGUGUGUGUAUCUCAUGUGUGUGUAUCUCAUGUGUGUGUAUCUCAUGUGUAUGUGUGUGUAUCUCAUGUGUAUGUGUGUGUAUCUCAUGUGUAUGUGUGUGUAUCAUGUGCAUGUGUGUGUAUCUCAUGUGUAUGUGUGUGUAUCAUGUGUAUGUGUGUGUGUAUCAUGUGUAUGUGUGUGUAUCGCAUGUGUAUGUGUGUAUCUCAUGUGUAUGUGUGUGUAUCUCAUGUGUGUGUAUCUCAUGUGUAUGUGUGUGUAUCUCAUGUGUAUGUGUGUGUUCCUCAAUGUCUGUCUUAGUCUUCUUUUUCUACGGGGAGGGAGAUGAUUGAUUAUGAACCACAUUCUGCACGAUGGAAAAGAAUCUCUCAUUUCUGGAAGCCUUGGGAGUGGAGAAAAGCCCGUCACUGACAAGCUGCAGUGAUAUACUUACUGUACAUAUAUACGUCCGUGGAUGCGGAGCCCGAGUUCAAGAGGGCUGGCUUCAUCAUUCAAGUGCCGCUCCAGGUGAUGUGACGGGACCCGGUCGGGGCCUCCACUCUCCUCCGGACUCCUUCGGAAUGGACUGAAGCGGACUGGAGUGGUCCUGGACCGGAUUGGACCAGCCUGGACCGGACUGGAGCAGCAAUGGACUGGAUUAGACCAGCCUGGACUGGACAGGAGCAGCCUGGACAGGACUGGAGUGACCUGGACCAGACUAGAGCAGCCCAGACUAGGCAUCCAGCUGCUCUUCCCCUGUGAUGUGUGACUCACAUCCACCACAGCGAAACAUUAAGCUCCCCGCAUAUUAGCAUCCCACAGCUGCAUUACUGCUCACACCAUCCAGUAGUAAUUACUUUCCUGGAAACAGUCCGAAAUCAGCCUCCUGUCCACAAGGAUGGACACAGCUACCGUGGCGGUGAUUAGGGACUACAUAACAAUACAUAAUAUCAUGGGAUGUGGCGCGUGCUGCUUCUGGGGGAACGGGGAUUUGUGCUUUCAAUUACAGCAAAGGAAUGCAGAUGUGGAUAAUGCCGGUUGAAUUACCUUUUUCGGUAAAUGGCCAUAAUUUGAACCAGUACCCUAAUUUGCUGGCUUAAUAAAUGACUAAGGCAUUGGGUUUGAUGUGAAGAUAUCAGCCAAAGAGGCUUUGUGAUGGAUUCUCAGUGCAGGCCUUCAGAGGCAGGCCUGGUCAAAAGUUUAUCUUGCAGGAUGAUCAUCAGCCAGAGAAGGGUGUGUAGAUCACCGGACACCUGAAUGCCACCAUGAGGCCCGGCCCUCGGGGACCCACACAGUCUGCGUUUGUAUUCCCUCCCAGCUCCUGGCAGCAAAAAUAUGGACUGUCUGGCAGGGAGCUGGGAGGAAGCAAAAUGUGGACUAUCUGUGGGUCCCCACGGACCGGGUUGGGAAACACUGACAUGGAUUAAUCAGAGAGCAUGUGGCUUCAAAGGUCAUUUACCACAUUACUAUGACUUUGCCUGUUUUUUUGCCCUGUUAGGGUCCACAGGCACAGUGCACAGUAGGUACGCCGGUCCUGUUAGCGAAUGGCAGUCGAACCUGGUGGAGAUUGGACAGUGGUGGAGCUCAUUGGCUUAGGAAUCUGUCAAUCACCUGUCGGGGCCCCUGAGCGAGGCCCUUAACCCCAGCUGGUCCCGGAGUGCUGGAUGCAGGCUGAUCCUCUGCUCUGACCAUACAUCUGAAAACUAUGGAGUGUCGCCCACAGUCAGCUCAGUUCUAUUUCAGCGCUGUGAGAGAGAAGCCAGGACAGAUCAGUCAGCAUUGUGAAGAUUUGCACGAUGCCCCGGCACUUGUACCACUGUCCUCUGGGUUUUUCACUUUUCUUCUACCUGCACAUUAGCUGAAGUCCCUCAUACAGUAAGAGCUCUUCUCAAUCAGAGCCCAUUCCCUCCUCCGUACAGGUAUAAUUUUCAAAGUUCUCAAAACUGUCCUUUCAAGACGUGUGCCGUGACUGAAAGCUCAGGGUCCCUGAACAGCGGCACCUUUUUAAUUAUUAAAAUGUGUUAUUUCGG